AUGGUAUUCAUAUUUUUAGUUGACAGAAGUGGCUCUAUGAGAGGCAAUAAGAUGGAAAUGACAUUAAAAGCAUUGAGAUUAUUUAUAAAAAGUCUUCCUCCUAAUGCAAGAUUUGAAAUAGUCAGCUUUGGCACAAAAUAUUAUGGUAGUAGCAAAGAUAGAUAAGGUUUUAUAAACAAUGAUGAUAACGUGAAUAAAAUAAACGUGGCUAUAGCUCGAAUGUCUGCUGAUCUUGGGGGAACAAAUAUACAUGAUCCCCUUGAAUAUGCCAUUAAAAGACUGUUUAUUAAAGUUACACCUAAAUAAAUUGAGGAAUAGAAAUUAAGAGAUAUGCAUACUUUGAUGAAAUCGCCUACUGAACCCAUAGGCUAAGAAUUAAUAAGGAAAAUAUUCUUACUCACUGAUGGAGCUGUAAAUGAUCCUGCUUCUGUUCUAAAUUUGGCGAGGUAAAAUUAACACAAGGCUUAGAUUCACACAUUCGGAAUAGGGAAUGGUUGUAGUAAAUAUCUUGUUAAGGAACUGUCUAGAGCUGGCAGAGGUUCAUACUCAUUUGUUGAAGAAGAUGAUAAUCUAAAUGCUAAGAUUUGA